CAGAGAUUGGGUUUAUAUGCAUAUCGCGAGAAUUGCCAAUUUUACAACAGAGCAGGACGUCUCUCGAACGUGUGGCUCUCUUCUCCUUUCCUUCGUUUCUUCUCUACAUUUCCUUCCCCUCCCUUUAUCUUUGACUCGUUCCGUUUGCACUCCUUCUCUCCUUCUAUCGUUUCUAAAUCCUUCUCUUCUAAAUUAAAAAAAAAAAGAAAAAGAGAAGAAGAUAACACGCUCGAGCGCAAAGACUUCUUCGGCUUCGGUUCAGUGUAGUUCGAGGAUGUUCCCUGGAAAAGUAAACGCGUCGGUGUUAAUUACAUAUUGAUUGUUUAGCCUUCGAAUUUUACGGAAAAAGAAAGAAAGAAAAAAAAAAGAAAAAAGAGACGAGAGAGAGUAUCGUCGAGCGGAGUGGUGUUCAAUUGUUUCGACGGGCCGAAUGAAAUGAAGACAAACAAACGGAAAAAAAGAACAAUGCGUUACUGCGAGUCGGUCUUUCGUGUUGGCCGUUUUUGCUCGUUUUAAGUGCGGUGGGAUAUCUGCUCGAAGGAUAUUUGUGUCAUGUUCGGUCAUAGAUUGUAGAAAACAUCUCCACAGGAGAACCCCCCCCCCCUCCCCCGAAAAGAAGAAACGAAUUGCGAAAGAAUCGGGCCUUCCCUUCCUCCUCUGAUUUCCAUCAGAGAUCUUCUUGAUCUUUUUUCGAAGUGAUCCGAUUCGACAGGUCGAUCGAUCGAUCGAUCGAUCGAUCGACACACAGUUGUCCCCGCAGAUCGAUAAGCGAUCGUUAGAACCAGUGAAGCUGGUCACUCGCCGCUUCUACGCCCGGAAAAUUCGCGACGAAGAGGACGAUUCGGAAGAAGGAAAGAGAAUAUGAAUAAAACACUCGCCGUAUAGGAAAUAUACUCGACAGAGAGUUAAAGAAAUCGGAAGAUGCACACAAAUCGGUUGUACACGCUCGUGAGUUUAAUGCUACUGACAGUGAUCCUAAUGCCGAUAGCGGGACAUGCACAGUCGGAUAUGUUUCAGUAUGGCCAGAAGGAACAAUCUAUGUCAGAAAUGCACCAAUAUUGCGGCCGCAUGUUGUCAAGCACCCUAGAGAUAAUGUGCGGUAGUGUUUACAAUCCCCGAUUUAAGAAAAGCAAUCAAGAAAUGGAAAUGGACAAUUAUGUGGGUUACAGUUACGAUCUGCAUUCUUAUCUCAAGUCCUAUAAAAAUGCAGUCGAAAUGAUAAAAUUUCGUAGGAACACGCGGGGAGUUCACGAAGAAUGUUGUUUAAAAUCUUGUACGACCGAGGAGCUGCGCUCCUACUGCGGUGCUCGUUGAUGAGAGAAUCUCUUCUUUUUUUUAUUUUUAAAUUUAAACAUAAAACUAAAAUAUUACCUGUCUCCUUUUUACUUUAAUUUUCAGAUUGUAAUUAUUGUGUUACGGUCGUUUCUGUUUUUUUAAAGUUAAGAAAUAAUAGCGAGUAUUUAUGUAUGUGAUGAAAAUUUGCAUAAUAAUUGUCAGCUUCAACCGCGUUGGUUCGAGCGACUGAAACGUAACAAAAUUUAUUGAAAAAAAUUUGAUCUCAUUUACUGUACUUAACUCUACAUUGUGUGAGACCAAUGGUAAUCAUUAAAUAUAUCUUUACGUACAAAUGUCUCUUUCUUUAAAGAUGUACAAUUCAAAAAGAAAGAAUAAUAACAAUCAAUAGGU